AUGACGAGCGAAAAGCAGCAGCAGCAGCAUCUGCAGCAACCACAAGCACCAGACCUAUCCAAGCACCCCAAACUAACACGAGAACAAGCCGGCCACCUCCGCCACUUCCACAACCUCCUCGCGACCAUGGCCUACGCAGCGGGGCUUGCGCACUACCACCACCAACCGGCCCUCCGCAGCGUCUACAAGAAGCUCAUGCGCCAGACGAUCCACAAGAUGCUCCUGCGCGCCGUGUGGGCGUACUGGUUUAACACGAGCAUGGCGGGUAUCGCGACGGAUCCGGAUCUCAAAGAGCUUAGGAAGCCGUGGGCUGAUCCUGUUGUGAGGGAGAAUAUCAUGUAUAGCGGGCAUUUGCUGAUGAUGGUGGCGUUGUAUGGGAUGUUGUUUGAUGAUGAUGAGUUUGAGAGGCCUGGGUCGUUGGAGUUUUUGUGGAAUCCGCUGUUUUUUGGGAUGGGGCCGGAGAAGUUCUCGUAUGAUGCGGGAAGUUUGCAGGGUGCUAUUCUCAAGGAGAUGGAGGGGAACGGGUGGAUUGGGGUCUGUUGUGAGCCGAAUAUGGUGUUUGUUGUUUGCAACCAGUUUCCUUUGAUCGGAAUGCGUCUUCGGGACGCUCGUCUGGGUACUUCGGUCGUGGACGACGUUCUGGAGAAGUACAAAGCAGCAUGGGACAAGAAAGGGCUCGUCGGCUCCGACGGCCUGCUGCCGGACGCGUGGAUGGUCAGACAGGACUUCACCGUCCGACCCAAAGAUCCCGCGUGGACGGCAUGGGGCUCGGCUUUCAUGUACUCGUGGAACGGGUCCCUCGUGAGGGCUCACUACGGCGACCAGGCUCUCGGGUACGUCACCAACACGGGAGAAGGUGAAAUAUGCCUUAAUCCGCCUGCUGUCGGCAACGAGUUCAGGAAGCUGGUUAAGGAGGACGGCGCGGCUCCGGACUCGCAAGAAACGCUCCAACGGGCGGUGCUGAUCGCAAAGGAGGCCGAGGCAGGUAAGAAGUGGGGCUUUCCGUACACCAAGCCCAUGUUUGGGUAUACCGUCCAGUGGCUCUCGGAGCUGGGUAAGGAGGCCGAGUUGACGGCGUUGCUCGACUACGCGGAUAAGAAGCUGGGGCCUAAGUGGGAGCGAGGCGGGCUGUAUUAUCCCCGUAAUGACGAGCCUUUUGACGAGGAGAUGAGGUGGACGCACAUGGACCCCUUUUCCGGCAAUGCGGCGAUCGGGUACGCGAGGUUGAAUGUCGAGGACGGGCAGAAAAUCAUUGGGGAGCGACCUUGGACUGCGGAGGAUGUCUUAGCGCGGCCGUUUGUUGAUGGGGUUACGUUGGCUGAUGGUGUUGACUUCUUGCGUGGGGAUUGGAGUGAGGAGGAGAAGAUGUUGGUGCUUACUGUGCGGUCGUGGGACGGCUCGACGAGGACGACCAGGCCUGCUCUUAGGAAUCUGGGGCCUGGGACGUGGAAUGUAUUUGUUGACGGGCAGCUGAGGUUGUCACGUACACUUUCAGCGGGAGAAGAUAUUGCUUUGGAGGUCCAAGUUGGGCAUCGGGAUCUUGAUAUCGUCGCUGUCAAGCAACUUUGA